AUGGCGCCCCCAGCCACGGCUCCGUUUACGUCGGUCAACACACACACGCUGCAGCCUGCCACGGAUGAAGUUGAGUCGCCGAGCAUUUCCAGCACGAAUGCACUCGCCCGCUACGAAUACGAGGCCGGCCAUGCGAAUGCCACAACAGGCACCAAGAUCUUGAUGGUCGAGUGGGAGGAUGAUGACACAACCCGAGGCGUGCGGGGAGACUGGCAUAUAUCAUGGGAAGGCAGCACACGCGUCUUGCCCGCCAACGAUCAGCCCGCCAAUGAUGUGAAUCGCAUGUAUUUUCUUCUGCCUCCGGGUGUUGCGGUACCGACAAGCGUCACACUCACGCUACGACCGCAAGACGCUAGCAAAGCUCCCGUAGUAUGGCAUACAAAUCCCCUGCCGGCCCUGUUUCCCCCUGAACUUGGCGCAUCAGCACGCGCAGCCGGAAAGAAGGGUGUUCUGCACACCAUCUGGGCAAAGAAGAGGCUACAGGUGCUGCAGAAGGAGAUUGAAGCAGAGUCAAGAAACAAUGUUGAGGGCGUUGGCCUGCUCAUGGUAGUGCAAGAGAAGGAAUGGAUUGAGUCUACCUUUGGUGUCAAUGCCAAACCAGCCGGUCUCAGUAUCUCGCUGGGAGAGCCGACAUUAGCACCAAUGAAAGCUCCGUCUAGCCCGCGAUCACCAGGCGGGGGGAGGCUCAUGGACAAGCUGGCUGGACUGCGGUUGGGCACGAGCGAGAAGGACCUUAGCCCCAACAGCAGCACGCCAGGCUUCUCCAAUCCUCUCUCACCCGAAUCCUCCGACAUUGCUAUUAGUUCAUUUUCCGUAUUCAAAGGCGCGAAUCCAUCUGCACUUGCAGCGAAACCGCCGCAGCCGCCACAGUCUCAGCCAGCAGUAGCCCCGCGGAAAGUCGCCGCUCAAGCGCCCCCGCAAUUCAUCACGGAACAGCAAGGCUCUAGUCUGAUGGGCUCCCUGAACGCACUUUCUGGUCCAGCCCCUAUCUUCCAGUCCCGUGGUCCAUCAGCCCCUGUGGACGAGGACGACAAGGACGACGGGCUAUUUGCGCUGCCUAUCAGCCCGAGGAGCCCUGAAGUGGGCAAGAGUCCAUUCUCGUUUGCAACCAGCGAUACGGCACCUUUUCUGAAAGAAGAAAGUGCUGUUUGA